AUGGUUGCACUCAAAUACUUGAGCAUUUCUGCCGUUCUCGGACUUGGUCUUGCCAGCCGUGGACUUGCACAGCCCCUUGAUCAACCCGAAGAUCUUAAUCUUCGCGGUGAAAGCGUCGGGGAAAUUGCCGCUCGAAAUAUCGAUCUUGGUCUUGAAGAAAGAGACGAGGAUGAUGGGCUUGAGAUUCGUAACUUCGAGGAAGGGCUCCUAGAGCCUCGGGAUCUCGAUGUUCGUCAGAACAAGAGGCCCCCUCGCCCGGCCCCUAAGCCUGCCCCUCGCCCUCGUCCUAAUGCCCGCAGUCUUGACGUUCGCCAGAACAAGAGGCCCCCUCGCCCAGCCCCUAAGCCUGCUCCUCGCCCUCGUCCUAAUGCCCGCAGUCUUGACGUUCGCCAAAACAAACGCCCUCCUCGCCCAGCCCCUAAGCCUGCUCCUCGCCCUCGUCCUCAUGCCCGUGACCUCGAAUAA